AUGGACAGUUCGGAAUACGAAUCGGUGAGAAACGAAACGCUGCUGUUCUUUUUCGAAAAAUUGGUAGACAAGGGCACACCACGAUCCCUGCACGACUUAAGUUGCCAAUUUGGUUCGAAAGGAUUUACCAAAGAGAUGCGACAGAUCGCUGGCGGAUCUCAGUCAGGCCUAAAGAAGUUCCUGUCACAGCACCCGUCGUUAUUCACGUUGGAAGGAGACCUAGUUGCCGCGUCUCAGCUAUUUGCACCUGUACCAUCAGAUACUAAUUAUAACAACAAAGCCGUCCAUUAUUUUAAAGACAAGUUGUUAAAAUAUGGGGUUGGUACUGAAGUACCGAUUCGAUGCCUACUUGGACACCGUUCUCAAGCUCCACCAGAGAUCCGAUUAAUAUCUGGUCUACACAUAAAAGAAUUCAGAGACUUUCUGAUGAAAUAUCCUGAUGUAUUUACUGUAGGCGAAGACACCAUUAUUCUAACUGAGUAUGCAGGACUAGAGCGUAAAAUGUAUGAUGACAGCGACCAACGUGAAACAAAAAUUGAUCCAGAAAUCACAAAACGUCUUUUAGCAUUUUGUGUACAAUGCUUGGAAUGCAAAGGACCGAUGUUAACUGAUCAAAUGUUCCACAGUAUUUCCUUGCGUUUUACAGAAAAUACUUGGUCACCGAUUUUUAAAACUCCAUCAGAUUUGUUUACAUUUUUGAAAAUGUAUCCUGAACAGUUUAAUACGCAAUCCAAUUUAAUAACGUUGGCAAAAAAUGGUCCUAAACCAGAAGUUAAAAUCGUUAGAAUUCCCACAGAAGUUGUACCAUUAACUCCGCCUAUGUCUCCGCCACUACCCAAACCAAUACCAAACAAUAAUCAAUCCCUUAAACAAAGAAUUAACAAUUUGGUUAUGAAAACGAUUGCAGACAAUACCGAGCGAAAUAACAAAAUACCAAAUGGUUAUGAUGAUAGUGAUGCAUGGAAAGGAAAAAUGUUGAACAAUAUCAAAGUAAUAACAAGUACUAAAGAAUGUUCAAAUAUUGUCGAUAGAAUUUUGGCACAAAAGUCAGCUAUUGGUAUAGAUUUUGAAGGUCUAUAUAUUGGAGCCAAUGGUCAGUUGACCUUAAUGCAAGUGGUAAAUGAAGACGGAUCAUGUUUUAUAUUUGAUUUAAUAGCUUGUCCACAAUUGAUUAAAAGUGGAUUACAAAGUCUACUAGAAAGUGAAGAAAUACCUAAGGUGAUCAAUGAUUGUCGAAAUGAAAGUUUGAACCUGUACAACCAGUUUGGCAUUGCAAUGAAAAACGUGUUCGAUAUUCAGGCUGCCAUUGCUAUUAUUCAAUUUCAAGAAACUGGACAACCAGUUUAUAAGGCAAAAAAUCUUAGUCUAAAUGCCAUAUGUGAAAUGUAUGGUUUGCCAAUAAACUCAUCCAAAGAUCAAUUGAGAACUCAAAAUAAAAAAGAUCCAAGGUAUUGGAUACGGAGGCCAUUAUCUAAGGAUAUGCUUGCUUACGCUGCCAGUGACGUGCUAACUCUCAUGCCUAAAUUAUAUAAAAUUUUAUCUGCUCAAAUUCAUCCAUCCAAUACUAAACUGUUCGAAGAGUUAUGUGAAGAACAAGCAUUUUUGUACAUUUCCCCAGAUAAUGUUCAAAAGCGUAAGCACCAGCGUAAAAUUGAUAAUGAAUUGCAAGUUCUUAAAGAAAAAUUGUCUACUGAUAAUGGCAAAAAUGUCGUUCUCAGUAACAGAGAAUUGAGAUUAUUAAGGCAUUUGGAAUUAACUGAAGAAGAUAAAGAAAAGUUAAAAGGAUCCACAAAGGUUGCAAAAAAGUUAGAAAAGAUGGAAGGAAAAAAUAUGAAAUACAAUGGAGAGGACUGUGAUUCUAAUGAGUUCCUCAGUCUAGAAAGCAAUAUCAGUGGUAAAUCAACAUCAUCAGAUAAUUCUGCAUCUGGGGAACUCCAGUCUAUUGCGUCUGAACAACCGCUAAGCCUUACUGAAACUAUGGAAAGGUUGGAUGAUGUAUUAUCUGAUAAACUUAUGGAUCGUUUGGAAAAAAUUGAGCGUUUAGAGUCAUUGUUGACCAUGGCCAUGGAUGCAGAGCCAGCCCAAACAGAUAGUUUAGAUACUUCACCUAUGAGUGGCAAAUGCACGUGCCGUUUUGCUACAGACACUGUUGACAUGUCUACUCAAACUGAACCACUAUAA